CUUACAAUCAGCGUCUGUGCCGUGUCUUCUUUUGUUUUCCCCGUUUUGUUCCAGGACUCACAUCUGUUUUCGUACACUUGAUGGAACCCUGGAACCCCCGCAACUGGCGUCAUUGGCCCUAAAGUAAUCCAAGCAUUAAUCUUGUUACUUGCAUAAAAUUGCAUUCCAAUUGCUGGGGUCGAUGCGAGGCAAAUGUCAGCGUAUCAAGGACUAGUGCGAAUGCAGCGGCAUACGAUAGGACGACACAUUGCUACUGCAUUAUUGUCGUCUCCAUGCGGCAUCGGCGCAAACGUAGGCGCGAGGGCCUGCCGAGCUGUCGUUGUGGUGCGCUCACAGAAUCGUAGCGAGGCAACGCCGACGACAUCCGGGAGCCAUAGAACGGCGAGAACAGAGUCUGGGAGCAGGACAUCGAGCUUGAGGGCUGCGGAUGUACAUAAAAGCCGUGAAUCGCCUGUUGAUUUCCGGCCUUUGACGGUUGACAGCCACAGCAGUCCUUAUGAAGAUAAAGACCAGGCCCCUCCAGUAGGUCAUCUGCAAGAUGAGGGCGAAUUGCCCUCAACACUGCGGGGCCCAUAUGGAGCUGGACAUAUGAGUGCCACGGAUGUUAAAAAUAGUGUCGCUGAUGUACCAGCGGCAACCAGGCGCCGAACCCUCUUUACUCAUGACACUGAAAGCAAGGAGGUUACCGGCAUUAGCUCAAGACAGGGUCGUCGGCAGCGCAGCAAGUCCAGCCAAAAAGCCAAAGUGGCACUAUCACCACCUCAGCAGGCAAGCUCCUCAGCCUCAAGCCAAACCCAACCACCAGCUCUUCACGACUCGGACAUGUCGCACUCACCAUCGACGUCGUCGCCCUCUUCCUCUUCCCCUUGCACCACCUCUGCUUCAAUACCCACCGAUUCACCAUCGCCCGCAACUCCUCCCUCGCCUUCCCAGAAGGGCUCCGUACGGGGAACGUCACAUGUGAAACCGGCCUCUGUAUACGUCUUGUGGGAUUUGGACAACAAGUAUCCUGUCACGCUGGACCACGCCAGCGUGGUGCAAGACUUGAGGAAUCAGCUUCAGAGGUUCGGUCAGGUUGCGGAGAUCACAGCGUUUUGCAACUACCAGACCCUGAACCACGUGCCAGAGCUGUGGGAGGAGGCCCAGGAAAUGGGCAUGAUGCAUCCGCUGGACCACAUGCACGACGAGGACGAGCUGCGCUGCCCGCUGUGUGGCAACAAGUUCAAGAGUGAAGACAAGCUGGAGCGGCACUUCAAACAGCUGCACGAACGGGAGCACGGCAAGCGAAUGAGGAACAGCUGGGCCGUCAAGAGAUACGUCAAGUCGGAGAAGUUCGAGCGGUAUCGUAACGCCAGGAAUGUGGUUCUGCCGAAGCGGCGCGGGUUUGGCUUGGAGGAUAUCCUCAAGUUGGCGGGUGUGGCGGUGCAGCCGGUGCAGAUGGGGCCGCAGAAGGCGGAUGUGGCACUGGAGCAGCAUGCGCGGGGGCUGCUGAAAAUGGUUCAGGUACAGCUGCCAUCACCCCCAGCGCCCGCACCCGCGGACUCCUCCUCCUCCUCCUCGCCCCCUCCCGCCGCGCCUGCGCCCCCUCCCCCACCGGUGCUGUGCCUGGUGUCGGACGACCGGGGCUUCGCGCCGCUGCUGAAGCUCUUCUCCCAGCGCGGCUGGGUCACCGUGCUGGUGUCGGUCUCGGAGUUCGGCAACCCGGACUGGUGGCUGGACUGGAGCGCCUGGUGGAGGAUGCGUGAGGACUGAGGAGGAGGAGGAGAGGAGGAGCGGUGGGAGGAGGAGGAGCGGUGGA